AACUCAGAACUAAACUUUGACAACAUCCUCAAUGGCAUGCUGGCUCUUUUCACCAUUUCUACCUUUGAAGGAUGGCCAAAGUUACUAUAUAAAGCCAUUGAUUCAAACUUAGAGGAUAAAGGCCCAAUGUACAACAACCGAGUGGCCAUCUCAAUCUUCUUUAUCGUCUACCUCAUCCUUAUCGCCUUCUUCAUGAUGAAUAUAUUUGUGGGCUUCGUCAUCGUCACUUUCCAGGAGCAAGGAGAGCAGGAGUAUAAGGACUGUGAACUGGACAAAAACCAGCGCCAGUGUGUACAGUAUGCUCUUAAAGCCCGACCUCUGCGAUGUUAUAUUCCCAAGAACCUCUACCAGUAUCAGGUGUGGUACAUCGUCACCUCCUGCUACUUUGAGUACCUUAUGUUCCUCCUUAUUAUGCUCAACACCAUGUGUCUGGGAAUGCAGCACUGUAACCAGUCAGACCACGUAACUCACCUGUCCGACAUGCUGAACGUGAUUUUCACUGUGCUCUUCACUGUAGAGAUGGUUCUUAAACUUAUGGCUUUCAAAGCCAAG